AUGCAUUCAUCAUCGUGGGCUGCUUCCGCGGCAUGCUUGACAGCAGCAGGCACCUUGGCUGUGGUGGCCUGGAUCUGGCUGAGGUCUCCGCAUGCCAACCGGGCCGACAUUGUGAAGGCUUUGCGGGAUCUACGUGAGGACUGCAAAGCAGUUUACGCCGAAGCGGCUGCAACCGUGCAUGAGACGGAAGGUUCUGCCAGCCAAUGCAAUGCAGAGGAGGGUUCUGACCUUGCGGAAGUGCUGGAUCAGCCUUUGCUUCUUCAGCACAGCCUCCGAUCUGUCACCGAGCGGGCAGCAAAGGGUUUAGGAGGCAACUGGCUCGCCGACGACUUUGAAACUGCUGUACAGAGCUAUGCAGACGAGCAGCUUGUGAGGGAAGAUCUGGCCGAGCUGCAGCGAGAGCACCUGAAGGCCCUUCGGGGAGAUCUGGUGGUGGACCGAGGCGACCAAGGCGCAAAUUUCUGGGAAUCGGAGCGUCUGCUGCCGGUGCUCAGAGAGCUCUGCGCCCAUCGCCGGCGAGCGCUGGAGGGCCUUCUUGGAGAGGUGCGUUCCGGAGCUUGCCUUGGACCGAGGAUGUUGGAGCGCUGUCAGCAAGCGGAGGAUGACUUCUGGACUCCGAAGUCCUUCGCGGCACCUCCAGCGAUCUCCGGCGAAGAGUCAUUGCUGCGCCGCUCAUUCGGCCCUGCUGUCGUGCAGCGCUCCUUAACAGACAAUGGCUUCCGGGCUAGCUGUGACGAACUGGAGCUGGAGCUGGAUGCCAGGCUGUGCACAGCAAAAGAUGUGCUUCAGUCCACGAAUACCCGCGCGCAUGGGCCAUGUGCCAUGCUGGGCCGCAAACCCAAAGGGGACGCAGCCUCCAAGCCAAGCGCCGCCGCUUCCAAGAAGAGCACCGCAUCAACCAAGAAGCGCAAGUGGCAGGAGGAGCUCAGCGAGGAGAGCGAUGGCGAGGCUGAGCAGAUCACGGUGGAGGAGUUAGAGAAAUGGAAAGAGACACUUGCUGAGGAGGAGAAGCGUGAGCAGAUGGAGAGAGACGAGCAGGAAAGAAUCGCAAGAGAGGAAGACAGAAGACGAAGGGAAGCCGAAGAGGAAACGCGUCGGAAGCGUGAGGAGGAAGAGGCCAAAGCCCGGAAAGAGGCUGAAGAGGCUAGAAAGGCAGCUGAAGAAGCUGAGCAAGAAAGGCGGCGCCAGGAGGAAGACCUCAUACCUCCUGGUGCGCACCCUCCCGACGUCUUGGGUUUAAUUCCUCCAGGUCUGAAGCCCGACAAGGCUCACUUGUACAAAACCUCGUUCUGCAAACGCUGGGAGCAAGGCAACUGCAAUUUCGGCUCCGCAUGCCACUUUGCACAUGGCGAGCGCGAGCUGAGAGGACGGAUGCCCUCGCAGGGCCUCGGCCUCGGCAACCCUUCGGCGCCUCUUCGGCCUGCUAUGCCUGCUGGCGGAAUCGCCUUGGGGCCCUCGGUGCCGGUGCAGGUGUCGCCGCCGCGUCCUCCAAUGCCACCUCGGCCACCCGUCCCCGUGCCAAUGGGCAAAGGAGACUGGAAGGGCGACCCGAGCAAAGGCAAAGGGAUUGGAAAGGGCGGAGCCUGGGGACACGAGGAGUGGGGCGACUGGGGCUCCGGCAGCGCCUGGGGGUUUGGAGCUGGCGCAUGCGGCGGCGCAUGCGGUCCCUGCGCCUCUGGCUGCGCUGGUGGCGGAUGCGGCUACGGUGGAGGUGGCUGCGGGCCCGGCUGUGCAGCCGGAUGUUCGGGUUGCGGCAUCUCGGAGGGAGACUGGGCUGCAGAUUGGACAGGAGGUGGCCAGGCAGACUGGGUUGGCUGCGGCAGUGAGUGGGGAUAA